CAAUGGUGCGCAACUCCACUGCCUACACAAGCUGAAUCAACACUUGUUGGAAACUCAGUUUAGACGCAGACAUCGCUGAUGAAGUAACAAAUAAAUGUGUUUGAAAAAAAAAGUGACCAAAUGUGUUGCGGCAAUAAGUAACAAGUGGUUCUGUGUGGGAACUAAUUAAGUUUUGUUACUGCAAUAGGGAUAGCCAAUUGACAAUUUGAAGUGACUAAUGUGAAGAGGAAUUCCUUAUACAACGGCCAUACCUAUAUUCACACAAGAUAGUUUGCCGAAAUGUACACAAAACUACCAGGCGACAGAUCUCCCAUCUUCACAAGAACCAACAGCAUUUGUCCAACCCCCGAGUCUGUGUUGUUAGAGCUGGUCUUGCAGAAUGACAGGGAGAACAUUCAAAGUAUCGUCCAGAAUCAAGCCAAACUUCUGACUCACCUGUAUAUCGAUUACAACAAACCGAUUCUGUCAAUAGCAUGUUCUUCAGAACAAGUAGAAGCAGAAACCGUGAGAACUUUGAUAGACUUAGGCGCUGACUUGCAGCAUUUCAACGCUGUACAAUGGCAGGCUAUUCACUUCGCAGCUCAAAGAACCAACAGCAAAGUGCUAAGAGUAGUUGUGGAGGCUCUAUUAGACCAAGGGUUAGACGUCAAUUCUUUGCAACAAAGCAACAACUCGUUGCACAUUCUUAUUAGGUUUGGGAAAAACGAAGAACAUGAUGAAUUUCUGGAGUGUGCCAAGCUGCUCAUUAAAAAUGGGAUAGACGUGAACGCUGCGGAUAGCAAGUUCAUGUCUCCUAUACUUUGGGCGGCAAAGAAAGGGUACAGAGACAUGAUCGAGCUGAUACUGGUUGAAAGUCCAGUACCAGUUGAUAUUGAUUCCCAUCAGUCGAGAGGAAAAACUGCAAGGGAUAUAAUCCUAAGUGAGAACUUGUACGACGGAAUACUGCCAGAGAAAUUCGUCAGUCUCAAUGAUAAGGACGAUGUCGUACUGUUCAACCACAUAAAAACCAGGAACGAAAACGGCUUCAUCAAUUUCAAAAACGGAGACAUAUUUGAACUUGUCAACUCCGACGACGGAUCAUCAACCCUACUGCAAAUGUCUUGCGACAACGGCCUUAAGAGAGUUGUGAGGCAUCUUAUCGACAAGGGUGCUGAUCCCAACCUGGGAACUGCGAAAAACGCGAAAAAACCCAUUGAAAUUGCUGCUGAGCAUGGGUUUUACGAAAUAUUCCAAAUACUCCUAGAUCACCCAAAAAUCAAAAUACCCAAAACCAUCCUGAUGACUCUGCUAAAACACUACGAUGAGGAUAAAUUUCCGGGAAUAGACUGGGCCGAAUGUUACCGAAGGCUACACAAGAAACUCCAAAGCGACAACAGUAUUUUGGAUAUCAAUGAUGUGGACUAUUUUCAAAGCUCCUCGCUACACUAUGCUGUUCGGUAUAGUGAUCCAGAGACAGUAAUGGAGUUAUUAGACUUGGGGGCCUCUUUGGGAUCAAAAAAUGAAUUUGGAACGAUGCCCAUAUGUGAUAUAGAGCCGGAGCUCCUAGAGAAACACUUGGAUAAGUGUGUCGAAUUCGAUCCGAAAGGAAAAAAAGACAAAGAAGACUUCUCGGUAACUUUCAAGUACCGUACUCUGAUUCCCCCUCCACGAAAGAUAGAGAAACGCGACGUCUCAGACUCUUUGGAUUCAGAGCAAAAUCUCAAUAAUCAAUUUCAUCAAGAGCUCGUACAUGAAACUGAGGUUAUAUUUUAUAUGAGUCAAUCACCCGAGUUCAAGCACCUCCUCAAACACCCUGUGAUAGUCAGCUUCUUGUUCAUAAAGUGGCAUCGAAUCCGAUGGCUUUUUUACACGAAUUUAGCGUUCUACGUAGCUUUCUUCAUGUCUCUAGUCGUCUACGUAUUCACGGAAUACGCGAAUUUCAAUAAAGAACGAAGUUCUUUCGAAGUAUUUCUCGGUCAAUCAUCAGAGGUAGUCCUAAUAAUCACCUUUUUCUUACUAGUUCUCAGAGAACUGUUUCAGAUAGCGGUUUCACCUUGGAAAUAUUUUAAAAAUUUCGAAAACUACAUCGAAAUAACUCUCAUUCUCAUCACAGGUGCUUUGCUGUUUAUUACUGACCCUUCCAACGACACCAGAAAACAACUGUCUUCGAUAUCCAUUCUUCUGGCCGCCUUCGAGCUGGUGCUGAUGGUCGGCCAACACCCAAAAUUGUCCACCAACGUGGUGAUGUUGAGAACCGUGUCCUUCAACUUCUUCAAGUUCCUCAUGUGGUACUCUUUGCUAAUAAUAGCUUUCGCUUUAAGUUUCUAUAUCCUCUUCACCGAGUCUCCAUCAGAAAAAUCCGGUAAUACCACAGGGGAGGAGAAAGAAGAGGAAGACUAUUUCACGGAUCCGGGAAAAUCAAUGUUCAAAACUAUAAUCAUGUUAACUGGGGAGUUUGACGCGAGCGAUAUCAAUUUCCACACCUUUCCCAUAAUCAGCAAACUCAUUUUCGUUCUGUUUAUUUUUAUGAUUGCCAUUAUCUUGCUGAACCUGUUGAACGGUUUGGCAGUUAGUGACACGCAAAUGAUCAAAACCGAUGCCGAACUCCUUGGCCAUAUUUACAGAGCGCAGUAUAUAAUGUAUGUUGAGAGCAUGCUUCUGGGUAACAUCAUUCCCAGGAACUUGCUAAAUAAGAUUGAAGAUCUUUGUUGCUGUUGCCCUUUCAAUAAGGACUGGAACUACAGAGCCCUGCAACCGCUGGCCAGACGGGCUUGUCUUUUUCCACAUUUUCUUUAUUACGAAAUGACGGUUUAUCCAAAUAGGGGCGGGCAAAUUGCCAUCCACAAUGCCGCUAAAAAGGGAAACUUGAGAAAUUGCUGCUUCGGUUGUUGUUCUAGUAUUUCCUUAGACAAGGAUACCAUUAAAAGAACCAAUAACAUUGUCCAGGCAAGAAGAGAGCAGAUGAAAAUCAAGCAGGAGGUCAGCUAUAUCCAUAAAAUGGAAGCGCUGGUACAAGGUUUGGAAACGAAUGCUAGAAGUGAGAUUUUUAUGUUGAAUAAGAAAUUGGAUUAUAUCUUGAAGUAUAUCAAUCAGGAGCGCACGGAAUAAUUUUUCACUACUAUUUUUUACAAUGUAAUUUUAAUUAUAUUAUAUUCAAGGCGAGCUGUUAUAUGUAUAAACUAACUUCAUAUUAUAUUUAUUUAUAUUGUCAUAUUAACUGUAUCUCACAACAGCUUGAUCCAGUCAUAUGUUUAAAUUAUGAUUGAAUUUGCCUGAACUGAAAUUUCUAGUUGAAGAUAGGUAGAAAUUUGUUAUUUUAUUGUUAUUGAAAUCGAUAAAUUGAAGCAAAAGUAGAUGAAAAUGUUAGUAUAUCGGUGAUAAUUUCGAUCCUACAUGGGAAACUAUGGAAGAAAUGGAUGAAACAAAGCAAAGUAGUCAAGAAAAAACACUGUAAUGAAUGUAAAAAAUAUCUACAAUGAAAGGAUUCAUACGGGGAAAAUUCCAAGGGGGUAAAAAAAGACAAAAUUACCAUGCAUUUGAUUAAAUCCUAGUUACUAUGGAAUGCACCAAUAUAAUAUUGAUUCGCGAUUAUUUUUUAAAAGUCUCAAAAAAUGUUAAUCAAAAACCUACUGCAUGACUUGUUUAAUAGUAGAGGUUCAGACUUUGUUGUCUACUAAAAGUGAUAUAUAUUGUUUUUAGAUAUUGAGUAUUUUUUUUAUUUAUUUAACAGAAACAUUUUUGUAUAUAUUAUUGUACAUUAUUCAGCAAGGCAUACAUACUAUAAACUAAAAAAAUAAAUUUUGAUAUACA